UUUACCCACGCCUUCAAGCUCAACGAGCCAUGGCUACCAAAACCAAAUCAUGCUUUACUUUCCUGAGGGAAGCCCUGAUCCUCCCCACGCGAAACCCAAAGCUCUUCACGCCGGUGCUCCUCCUCUUGGCCGGCACCGCCUUCCUUGGCCCCGUGGUCCAAGUCGUGUUCGUGCAGCCUCUCGCCUACGACAUGAUGAUCCAUUUCGUCGAGAUGGGCAACAUGGAUCCCUCGAGCCCUGAGUACGCCAAGAUCCUUGAGGAGAUAAAGCAAGACGCUGUGAAGCUCGUCCUCAUCGUCAUCGCCCAACUGAUCGUCACGCUGGCGCUCGCCUUCCUCAACCAGAUCAUCGCCUUCUUCGCGGCCUCCACAACAUACUCUGGCAGCCGCUACUCGCUCGCCGAGCUCAUCCAUGAGAUCCGGAAGGGGAGCACUCUCAAGGGCCCCUUCAUCACCCUGGCCGUGGUCACCACGCUUAACUUCGCGUGGAUGGCGGUCCUGACCGCCCUGCUUUCCGCCGUAAUGCGUGGCGGCGGGAUGCUCUCCGUCGAGGGUCUCGCCUUCGCCCUCACAUUCCUCGCCUUCAUGUACUUCACAGUCGUCGCGCUGGUGGGCGUCGCGGCGUCGGUGGUCGACGAGGAGUACCGCGGCGUGGGAGCGCUCCGGCAGGCGUGGAGGCUCAUGACGCGGGUGAAGAGGAAGGAGGGUCUCGUGCUUGUGCUGGUGACACACCUCCUGCCCACCGUCGUGACACCCUUGUACGGGGUGGUUGCUCUUCUAUAUGCGAAGAGCAUGGCGGCGGCUUUGUGCAUGCUGGCCGUGUAUGGUUUUCUGUCUGGUGCCGUGCAGGUGUACUACUUGGCGGCAGCCACGGUGUACUACUACGAAGCCAUGGAUAGCAAGGAGGAGGCGCCUUGUGGAUAUGCCAAGAUCCCAUCGGGGGAAGGAAAUGUCUGAUUCAUGAUCCAAGUGAGCUAUACAAAGUGUUCUUAUUUUGUUGAAAGUUGAAACUGCUAGAGGAAUGCGUUUGUUUCUCGUGCAAUAUAUCUUCUUGGAUUAUAUGUGCCCGGUG